UCAGUACAUCCAGGCCAAACUGCCAAUCAGAAGUGGUGCAGGGCCUUUCCGGGAGCCAGGCUGCAGGCUUAGAUUUGCGGAGGAGGUGGCGCCGGUGUUUUGAUGUGCUGUGCUUUGAGUGCUGCUGCAGGGAGCUGUGAGGGGGCCGGGCCGAGAUCGGAAGCCACGACAUGAAUGCAGUGACCUAUGAUGAUGUGCAUGUUGACUUCACUCGGGAAGAGUGGACAUUGCUGGAUCCUUCCCAGAGGAACCUCUACAAAGAUGUGAUGCUGGACAUCUACCAUAGCCUCAAUAUCAUAGGAUACAGUUGGGAAGACCGUAAUAUUGAGGAACAUUGUCAAAGUUCUAGAAGAAAAGAAAGGCCUGAAAGAAAUCACCUUGGAGAGAAACCUUCUGUAUAUAAUCAAUGUACUAAAGCCUUUGCAUACGACACACAUAUUCAGAGUCAUCAAAGCACACAUCCUGCCAAGAAACCCUACGAAUGUAAUCAGUGUGGUAAAACUUUUGCACGAAAUUGGCCUCUUCAAAAUCAUAAAAGAACACACACUGGAGAGAAACCCUAUGAAUGUAAUCAGUGUGGUAAAACUUUUGCUCAUCCCAGUGCUCUUCAAGUGCAUAAAAGAACACACACUGGGGAGAAACCCUACCAAUGUAGUCAAUGUGGUAAAGCCUUUGCAUGGCCCAGUUAUCUUCAAAAACAUAAAAGAACACAUACUGGAGAGAAACCCUAUGAAUGUAAUCUAUGUGGUAAAACCUUUGCACUACGAGGUAAUCUUCAAAGGCAUAAAAGGACACAUACUGGAAAAAAACCCUAUGAAUGUAAUCAAUGUGGUAAAGCUUUUGCUUAUCAGGAAUGUCUUCAAAGGCAUAAAAGAACACAUACUGGAGAGAAACCCUAUCAAUGUUAUGAAUGUGGUAAAGCCUUUAUACGUCACAGUAGUCUUCAAACGCAUAAAAGAAGACAUACUGGAGAGAAACCCUAUGAAUGUAAUCAAUGUGGUAAAACCUUUGCAAUACUAGUGAGUCUUCAAAGGCAUAAAAGAAGACACACUGGAGAGAAACCCUGUGAAUGGAAUCAAUCUGGUAAAGCCUUUACACAACAAGGAGGAGAUGAUACAGGGAUGAAUAUUUUACAUUGGUAUGGAUCCUGGUCUAUAUACAGUUUUUUUUUAAAGAUUCUCUCCUUUUUUAAAAAAAAGAUUUGUUUAUUUAUUAUGUACAUAGUGUUUAGCCUCCAUGUAUGCUAUAUACAAUUUUACAGUAGAUUUUGUUACACUGUGUAUAUUUUUUUUGCUUUUGUUUAAGGUAUUAUGUUUGUAUAGCUCAUUUAAAGAUGUAUAGUUAAGAAAUAGAUUAAUAGAUCGUCAUUUAUAAUAAGCAAACUUAUAGUCAUGUUAGUAAGCUUUUGUAGGUACAUAGAGAUAUAUUUCAGUUGGAUAGAUAAUAUUCAGCACUCCAGAAUCUUCAGCAUAAGGCCUUUAAAGGUUUUAGGAUAGGCUUAUGUGGACAGUGAGACAUGUCUGCUUCUGGCAGCACCAUUUACUUUAGAGACGUUGAUGGACGUUGAAGAUGUUCCAUGUAGUUGCCUACAAUAACUGAAUUAGCCAUCAAAAUUCCAGAGAUUUGCCUGGUUGUGGUGGCGCACUCCUUUAAUCUCAGCACCCAGAAGGCAGAGGCAGGCAGAUCUCUGUGAGUUCGAGGUCAGCCUGGUCUAUAAGAGCUAAUUCCAGGACAGGCUCCAAAGCUAUAGAAAAACCCGGUCUCGAAAAACCAAAAAUAUAUUCCAGGGAUUCCUUCAACUCUCUGGAUUUUGCAUCCAGUGUGUGUUGAGCCUUGUCACCAGUCAGUAUCUAUGAAGCAGGUUUCCCCUUGUAUAUGAGAAACGUGUACAUUGGUUUGCUAAACAUCCAUUUUGUGCUUUUUUCCUAACUAAUACUUAUUGAAAUAAUAUAAUUUCAUCAUUACUUUCCUUCCCUUUUCUUCUCCAAUCUCCUUUCACAUCCUCACCUCUCCUCAUGUCCCCCUUUUCAUUAAUUUUUGUUUUUCUCUCUCCUAAAUAUAUGAAUACAACCAGCUCAGUGUAGUUUUACAUGUGUCUCUAUGAUCUCAGGACUGAUCGAUGGGAUUAGCUAAUCACUGAGCGAGGUGCUGCCCCGGGAAAGACCGUCUCUUCUCAUCUCAGCAUUCCCCACUUGCCCACUGUUCUUUAUGUAGAUUCGAGGCCCCAGGAGCUUUGUACCUUUCAUGGUUUUGAGUCUGUUGGUGUCAUCUUUGUUCAGGUCAUCUUUACGCAGUCAUGUUAGCAGAAUCAAUUGGUGUAAGUGUUCUGACCUUUCUAGGAGAUACAGUCUCACAAGGAAAUGUCAUCUCCUUUCCCUGUAUCUGAGUGUUAAGUAUCUGAACUUAACACUCUAGUAUUUCC